GCAUGUGUGUGUGUAAGUGAGUGAGACAGACAGAGAGAGAAACGGAGAGAAGCAGCACAGAAUGCUUUACUCCUUUUCAGAUGAGGUUGUGUUAAGGUUGUCUGUCUUGUUUUCUUUGUUUUGUAAAAACAAAAUAUUAGAUUAGAAGGUUCUUUCAAUUUAGUUAUUUUGUAUUCCCCAAAAGCAUUUGCAGGAGCAAGAGACGAAGAAAAAAAAAAAAAAAAAAAACAAGUGAAGAAUCUGUACAGAGUGGGACUCGGUACACUUGACAGGCUUUCAGGCCACCAGCAGGAUAUCUGACUGAUAAACAGAGUGUGUAAAUGACUGUGUCAAGGCAAAGAGAGAAAGAUGGAACAUAUAAGACAUGCCGAGAAGAAGGGACGUCCUGGCACUCUUUUUGAUUUUGUUACCGUGGACUUUAUUGAUCACAUUUUGGCACCAGCGCGCUGUCAACUCCUUGAUUCCAGUUCCUAAAGAUAACAGAACUAGGGCCAGUAAAUCUCACCAAAGAGGCUUUCGACUUUAUGAGUCCUGCGUCACGGAGAACAAGCGCAUCACUAAGACCAACCAGAUGAGGUACAUCCACCAGCGACCUCCGCCCUGGUCUGACACAUUGCCAACUCUUCACGUAAUAACGCCAACCUACAGCAGACCCGUCCAGAAGGCCGAGUUGACCCGCCUCACUAACACCUUCCUACACGUCCCCAACCUUCACUGGCUGGUGGUGGAGGACUCUGCGCAGAAGACGGCACUGAUGUCCAGACUGCUGGAGAACACGGGACUGAAUUACACUCACUUAAAUGUAGAGACGCCAGAGAAUCUCAAGACACAAAAGAAGCCCAGAAAUGCACGUAUCCCACGAGGCACCAUGCAGAGGAACCUGGCUCUCCGCUGGCUCAGGGAGAACAUCGACCCAAACUCCAGUCAUAAAGGAGUCGUGUAUUUUGCAGAUGAUGACAAUACUUACAGCUUGGAGCUGUUCGAGGAGAUGCGUUGGACUCGUAAAGUGUCAGUCUGGCCAGUCGCCUUUGUUGGAGGUCUCCGGUAUGAAUCACCCAAAAUUAACUCUCAAGGCAAAGUGUUCGGCUGGAAGACGGUGUUUGACCCUCAACGACCUUUUGGCAUCGACAUGGCUGGGUUUGCCGUGAACCUUCAGCUCAUCCUCAGCAAACCUCAAGCCUACUUCAAGUUAAAAGGGGUAAAAGGUGGAUACCAGGAAAGUAGUCUGCUACAGGAUCUGGUCACCCUGGGUGACCUGGAACCCAAAGCCGCUAACUGUACAAAGAUACUGGUUUGGCAUACCCGGACAGAAAGACCCUUGCUUAGGAAUGAAGGAAAAAAGGGAUUCACGAAUGGCAGCAUGGAAGUAUGAUGAACUGCUUUCAUA